AUGAGAGAUAUCUAUCACUUUGGUCUCACAUGGUCAAUUGAUGGCUUUCACUUCCAGUUCAAUACCGAUUCGGAAGGUCCCCGCGGCCGUACUGGCCGGCCUGAGACGCCCUCCUCUGCGACCUCGUCUCAUUCUCGCCGCAGCACCCUCUCCCAGCGCGUACACUUCGAAGAGCCCGACAUGUGCAACCCACUGGCAUCUCCUCGUUCUGACGUGACUGUUACUACAGUCCCGGUGCCUGUGCCUGCCAAAUCGACCAACCCUAAGGUUGGUUUGCCUUCGACGAGUGUUGCAGGUAGUAGUGCGCAGUCCCUGGACCAGUUGCCUGCACCUUCACAUGACAAGCGUAAUGCGUUCGCCCAACGCAAAACAAAAAUCUCUGCCCCUGCCCCCUCUGUCCCUUCUGUCCCCUCUGUCCCCUCUGUCCCCUCUUCCUCCCACCCUCGCCCUCACUCUCUUCGCUCUUCCCUCCGUUCCUCUUCCAUCCCUCCUGUUCCUCCUAUCCCUGCCUCAAUCCUGAAAAAUCGACCUGGCAACCUCGUUGUUCCCCAAAUCAAACCUCGCUCCUCUUCUGCUCCGCCAUCUCCACCCAAGAUGGCUGACAGCUCCAAUGUUCCGGAGGGCAACAACAAGCCACUCCCCGUGUCUCCCUCCAACAGAUACGACCCACGCACACCCAGUCCUCGUACACCCAUCUUCCGAAAGGAUGGCAUGCGCCGUUCCAGCCUCAGUCCAAUGGAGCAGCGUACUACGGGUGCCAGUUCCACCGCUAGCAGUCCUACUAUUCACCGUUCGAGCUUGACCCUCAAGGAUCUUCCUGAGGCUGUUCGGUCUCUCCAGUACAAAUAUGACACAGACUUCAAGCGACUCACAAAGAAGAUCGAUGAUAUCGACAAGCUCGGACAGAAAGUUGAUGACUUUGUUAUCCUGACUCGAGACUAUGUCCAGGACCAAAUGGAUGCCCAGUUUGAGCGCGAGUCCGAGAUAUCUAUCGAAAUUACCAAUGCCAAGCGUGACGUGAAUGACACCAAGGAGCAGAUUCACGAAAUGCGACUCGAAAUCAACGGACUCACCUCGACUGUCAAUGACCUGAGUGCUAAAGUCGACAUGUGUCUCACUGGAAUCUAUGACAACACCGCAGAACCAUUCGUGGUCUACCAGCGACGCAAGAACAAAGAGAUCGACGAAGAUAUUCAAGACAUUGGGGAUCAAACUGUCGAUCAGGGAGCGCAGAUCACCUACUUGAGACAAAUGCUCAUUCGUACUCAGAUUGCUCUCAGAGUCUUGCAACAAGAGAACGGUCUUAAAGUUUCUGAAGAUGUGGCAAAUAUUCUUCCACCCACCCCUUUGCCUGCACGCGACACCGUUCCACCCACUGGUACCCUGAGAACUCUUGCCUCCUCGGAGUCUACAGCAAUUCCACCAGCGAAAGCCGCUGCCCCAGCAAAGAACACUCCUGCAGUAAAGAGCGCCCCGCAAGCAAAUACCAUUCCGCAAGUAAAGAUCACUGCUCCAGCAUCAGCUACUCCGCCAGCAUCAGUCACCGGAUCAGCAACAAUCACUCCGCCAGGAUCGUCCACCGUGAAACAGAGUUCCAUCCCACGACGUUCGAAGAAGAAGAAGAGUUCAAAGAAGUCUUCCAGCGGGUCCUCCGGCUCCACUGUUGCGAACCAGACCGCCACCACCGAGGAAGAGACGGUCCCUCCUGUCCCCCCGGUCCCCCACGGGAUCAUCCUGCCUCUCGAUGCUGUCCGCGAUGCGCCCAAUAUCCCCCUCGGCCACAUUCACCCACUGUACAGACCACAGUUCAGUGAGAUGAACGCGGAGGAUAUUCCUACAGCCCCUACCACCUGCACCGAGGAGUCUUAG